UUUCAGGAAGAUGGCUUUAGUACCAUCGUUGAAGAGAAACUUUAAGUCAUCAUCAUUUGGUCGUCUCAACACAUAUUUAAGCUCUUUUGAUCCAUUUAUGAACCCUACCACCUUCACUCAACGACGGGGAGCUGUUCGAGGAAAAGCUAAUUUCGUCGUGAAUUUCGUCCCGCAGCAGGAAGCUUGGGUAGUUGAGCGCAUGGGAAAAUUUCAUUCUAUUUUAGAUCCUGGAUUCAAUAUUUUGCUACCAUUUUUUGAUCGUAUCAAGUAUGUGCAAGUACUGAAAGAGUUAGCAAUUGAAGUACCACAACAAGGUGCCGUGACAAGUGAUAAUGUACAACUACAGAUUGAUGGAGUUCUCUAUUUGCGAGUAGUGGAUCCGUACAAAGCUUCGUAUGGUGUUGAAGAUCCAGAAUAUGCGAUUACACAGCUUGCACAAACAACGAUGCGUUCGGAAGUAGGCAAAAUCAAUCUAGAUACAGUAUUUAAGGAACGUGAACAACUCAAUAUCAAUAUUGUCGAAUCAAUAAAUAAAGCAGCUGAGCCUUGGGGAUUACAAUGCAUGCGAUAUGAAAUUAGGGACAUGACGAUGCCUAUAAAAAUCCAGGAAGCAAUGCAGAUGCAAGUGGAAGCGGAACGGCGGAAACGGGCUGCGAUUCUGGAGUCAGAAGGUAAACGUCAGGCAGCAAUUAAUAUCGCAGAAGGUGAAAAAAGGGCGCGCAUUUUAGCAUCAGAAGCUUCGAUGCAAGAAAAAAUUAAUGAAGCUAAGGGCAAGGCAGAAGCCAUUCAGAUAAAUGCACAGGCUCAGGCUUUGGGCAUUAAACUGGUUUCGGAAUCGUUAAACAAAACAGGUGGCUACGAUGCGGCGGCUUUGUCAGUGGCUGAGAAAUAUGUAACAGCUUUUGGACAAAUAGCUAAAGAUACAAAUACGAUAAUUAUACCAUCUGAUUUAGCUAAUGCAAGCGGUAUGGUUGCUCAAGCAUUAACCGUUUAUGGUGAAUUAACAAAGAAGAGGGAACCAUUCAUGUUUUCAUCGAAACAAAAAGCUAUUGAAAGAAAGAAUGAUGGAGAAAAACUUCCCUAGUUUUGGAUCAUAUGACAGUACUUAUUUCCAUCAGUUAUUGGAACUGUUUCCCAGUUUAUAACUUCCAGGUUUGCACCACACACUGUCAAACACCCCUCUCGUAUUUUCUAUAUUUAUGUUUGAGAAUAACCUAAUUGAGCAAGCGCAUUUCCAUUUCAUUACUAUUUUUUUAUUUUAUAUUGAAUUGUCUUGUUCCACAAGUGCAUAUCAUUUCAUCAGUGGAGAAAUUGUUAGUUUUCAAAAAGCGAGCUUUCUGUAUUGAGUGAUUUCAAAAACUAUGAAAAUCAUUAUCGUCUUAAUUUUCUAUGAUGGAAAGUAGAACGCUGUUCAGGAUAUAUCAUUAAGAAUGCUUAAGACCGAAAGCACAAUUUACCCAUUAUAGGUAAUUUCAGCUUAAAUUGUGAGCACUCAUUCCUAAUUGUCUUAAAAUGGUACUCUACCAUAUUGGACUUUUAUAAUGGUACUGUUGUCGUCUAGAAAUUUUUAAAAUAAUACAUCACAUGUUCCCUUGUUUUUGAACGAUGAAGUGUUGGAAAAGCAGUUAGCAUUAAAGCGGAUGAUAACUAUGAAUUUUGUUUCUCUCAAAAUGUUUUGCAUGACGGGUCUAUGCUUUACAUCUAAUUCUGUCAUUUUUUUCAGUGCGGAAUAAAUGUUGAGCUCAG